UAUGUUGACUGAUAUGGCCAUUUUUUAAAUUAGUAAAUAAAAUUUCAAAACAUCUUAUUUUUUGUUUUAAAUAAUAAAUAACAAUAUGAAUUAGGUUUAUUAUUAUUAUGUUUAAUGUUUAUUAUAGGAUAAUAAUAUCUAAGACAGUAAAUAAUGCAAUUUACCCAAAACAAAUCGAUAGAUUUAUAAAUUGUGUACAAUUAUGUCAAAAGAACCCAGCACUAGCAAGGAGAAACGGAAGAAUUUGCGUAAAGACGACGGUUCUAAAAUACUGAAAGUCCUGACAUUAUAUGAAUACCUCAUCAAACUUCCAGAAGCCGUUCAAGAUCGGCUAUACAGUCAUCCACCGACUUGCCUAACAGUGUUUAGAGUGUUACCUGACAUUACGCAGCAGUUCACUUUACGUAUAUUAUUCAUCGAACAGCCAGUACCGCAAUCAGUUCUUUCAUCCUGGGUACCGGCUAAUUAUUCCCGUGAACUUGACGAAUCUAUAGAGGUAGCCACCAAUUUACACAUAUGGAAAUUAACCAGUGUAUCUGGCGGCCUCAAGGGAUGGAUUCUAAAUUCUACGUUCAAGAAGAAACUCAAAGUGGCCCUUAUGGGAGGUGGCCGUUCUACGGUACCCAACAGCGAUAUGACGGCUGAUCCAAAAGCAAGAGAUAUAGACUUUUUAGAUUCAUAUGCGUAUGAACGGUGGGAAUGCAUAUUACAUUAUAUGGUUGGUUCUAAACAUGAAGGUAUAUCAUCAGAUGCAGUCAGAGUGUUACUAAAUGCAGGUCUUAUGGUCAGAGACACGGAUGAUAGUCCAGUUAUUACAUCGACGGGAUUUCAGUUUCUACUGCUGGAUAUGGCCACUCAAGUAUGGUAUUUUAUGCUCCGCUAUAUGGAAACAGUUGAAUCGAGGGGUCUUGAUCUUGCUCAAUGUCUGACAUUCUUGUUCCAAAUACAUCUUGGUACUUUAGGAUGGGAUUAUAUAACAGAUGAAAUGUCUGAAAACCUUCAAGCGUUUUUACAACAUCUUCGAGAAUUUGGAUUAGUUUACCAAAGGAAACGUAAAGCUGGACGUUUUUAUCCUACUCGAUUAGUAAUUGAAAUGGGGCAAGGAAAUAGCCGUACUUCAGAACGAAUGAAAAAUAAAGAACGUUAUAUUGUUGUAGAAACCAAUUUUCGGAUUUAUGCUAUGACUGAUUCUGAUCUAAAAGUUGCCUUAGUUGCAUUAUUUACUCAUAUGCUAUACAGAUUUCCAAACAUGUCCGCUGGUAUACUAACAAGAGAUUCAGUUCGAACAGCAUUACGUAGUGGCAUUACUGCUGCACAAAUAGUGAGAUUUCUUACUGUUCAUACACAUCCACAAAUGCAAGAGUGUGGGAUGCCACAAACUGUAAUUGAUCAAAUUUAUCUGUGGGAAAAUGAAAGAAAUCGACUAACAUACACAGAUGGUGUGUUAUAUAGCAAUAUAAAUACACCUAAUGAUUAUGAAACAAUAAAAAAUUAUGCUGCUGAUAUUGGGGCAUUGGUGUGGUGUGAUGAAAGAAGAAGAAACAUUGUUGUAAGCACUGAUGGACACGAUGACGUAAGAAAGUUUUGGAAAAAACAACCAAAAUCUGAUCCAUUUUAAGUGUAACAAUAUUCUGUACACAAUAUUAAAUUGUCCAUUAUUGUGUAUGAUUUGAGUAAUUAGAUUAUUAAUUUAAUAGCACUAAUAGUUCAACAGCCAAAGUAUGGUUAGUUAUAAUUGCAACAGAGCAAUAAUAAUUUUGUACAUAUAAUUCAUAAUUAAAUUGUCAUACUAAAAAAUAUUAUGUAUUUAUUUAUUCUAUAUAAUAUGUAUUAUCUUUUAAAUAAAAAUGAAUUUUUUUUUAAUUU